CUCAUUGCAAGUGUGAAAGUAACAUGGCGACACCAUCAGCUGCUCUCUUGGAUCGUCUUGAAAAACAGGGCAUUCCAAAAUCGAAAAGAAAACUACAGAAACAUCUCAGAAGUGCCGGAUUGGCCUACAUAUCACGUACAGGAAAAUUAAUACCAGCAAAGAAAGUGGCAGAGGAGCUGUGCCAGUGCCCCCAAAAAUGUGAUGAACGAGUGCCUAUGGAGUCACGCGAGCGUCUCUUUUCGUUUUUCUACGGUCUUGGUGAGGCCGAUUUGCAAAAUCAAUUUCUGCGCCAGAAUAUGGACCUUCGUGCACGUCUCAAUAUACCGGAAACGACAGGAAGUGGUCGACCGCCUCGCAGGAUAACAUGUAAAUAUCUGGUGCCUCUCCUGCCGAGCUUGGAAACGGUGGAAGUGUGUCAGAAGGCGUUUGUGAGCGCUUUCGUGAUAACAACAAAACGAGUACGAUUGCAAAGAGAGAAGCUGAUUUCGAGUUUGGGUUUAAACAGUUACAGCAGUCAUAAUAGGAGUACGAAACCAAUAACAGAAAAUCCGAAGAAAUCAGCAACACCACCACCACCGAGUGUGAAAUUUCCAUCAUCGUGCGAUUUUGAACCAAAGACACCCGAGAUGCCUCCAGUCGAUAAGCCGUCAACUAAGAGACUUGUCGAUAAUCCGCUUAUACCAUUGGGGCUUUUGUUGCCCGACGGUGUGACUAUUGCACCAGUCACGGCAAGUCCGGACCAUGAUAGAGACAUUGCAAUUGUUAACAACUUUUUCUCUAAUCAAUUGUGGAAACCGGAAUAUAUAGGUACUUAUUCAUGAGGACGACGACGUCCUUGUUUUAUGCCCACCGUACUUAGUUUAAUUACAAAAUGAUCAAUUUUUACCUAUUUGAGAAACCUAUACGUAUUGUUAUUUAUAUUUAUACUACAUAGUUUAUUAUAUUGAGAGUAAAAAAAAAAAAACAUAUAUUAAUUGUUUUCAAUAAAAACUGUUUUUUUAUGUUUUAUUUUUGUACCUAUCACACUUGUGUACAUAACUUUAUCAAACAAUACGAGACCAAAAAGCACCUGUACCUCAAAUGAAACUUAACUAUAUCGUAAAUUUUGUAAAUGUGUACUUUAGGCAUUGAGUUUUUUUCUGUUAUUUUAUAUUUACGAAAAAGAUGUUGUAGUCGGCAAGUAUUUUAUAUAUUUUAUAAUUUCGCUGUUAAAUAAAAAAUUAGAAACCAAA